UCAGUAGGACAGCGCUUUCCGCGGCACAUGCAGAGGGCACAUGCAGCGUGGCUUUACCAGCACGUAGCGCGCUCGAAUAAGCGCAUCCAGCUCAGCUCGGCGCUUACACUCCCGCCAAUGAAAAUGCACGCUAGGAUCAAGAGGAAAAGAGAAAGCUAGGAGAUCAUGGGGGCACGUUAGAGUGAGAUAAAUCCCCGUCAAAGAGAGCAACAGAGGUUGACGGCUUCCCUAAAUCCAGUCACAUUUGCCAGUCACCUGAAAACGUGAUUGAUGUGGGUGUGGAAGGGUGUGUGCGUGUCUAGGAGUGGAAGUGGAGUUUGACAGUCCCACAGAGAUGCUGAUGGCAAUGAGCGGGCAAGACUUGAGACAUCAUCACUAGGCAUACACCUAAUGCGUCCUUCAUACUAGAUCAAGAACACAGUACAGGUAGCUGCGCGCGGAAGGUGCAUCUGCACACCUGUGACCGACUAUUUCUACCGACUAUACUGCCAAAUGCUCUGUGCGAGAGAUACUGAUCACUAUAUGCACAGGCAUUUCGUGACUUUUUUACCUGCUUUCACCAGACUUAUACUGACACAAACACACUUUCUUGAAGACAAGAUUUCUGAAGACAGAGGAUCUUGAAAAGCAUAUCAAAGAUGGAUAACAGUCCCGGGAGUGUGAUACUCUACGCUGGUACCAAUGGCAGUGCCUGUCCAAGCCCAGGAAGCCCCUCUAGUGGCUAUCAAACCCAGUCUCCAUCCUCUCACUCCCAGCCUUCUUCACCAGAGGAGGUCACCUUCACUGAGAUUGGGGCCCUCAAGCAGCAAGGAAGUAUUGGAACGCCUCCAUCUCCAAAACUGGUCUUUCAGUUCCCUGAAAUCUACAAUAACUCCACAGCAGGUUCUAACCAGCACAGCUACUCCCAUCCCAUCGCUGGUAAAAGGCCUUGUGGGUUCACUGGCACGUUUACCAAGACUGGAGGCAUGGUGCUCCUUUGUAAAGUAUGUGGAGAUAUUGCAUCAGGGUUCCACUAUGGUGUCCAUGCAUGUGAAGGCUGCAAGGGCUUUUUCCGCCGUAGCAUUCAGCAGAACAUUAACUACAAGAUGUGCGUGAAGAACGAGAACUGUCUGAUAAUGCGCAUGAACCGCAACCGCUGCCAACACUGCCGCUUCAAAAAAUGCCUGUCUGUUGGCAUGUCCCGUGACGCUGUGCGUUUCGGCCGCAUCCCUAAACGAGAGAAGCAGCGGCUUUUGGAUGAGAUGCAGAGCUACAUGAACAGCCUCAACGAAUCAUCCACCAUGGGCAUGGAAACCUCCCCACCACGCGAACCUCCUCCAAGCCCCAGUGAGAACCAAUCCAAAGAGGCCAUUGGUUCCUUAACCCGAACCUACCAGGACAUCUUCACAAACACGCAGGACCAUCUAAACAAGCGUGCGGGCAACAUGAACACCAACACCUUUCAUAACAACCCUUCUCAGGACAGCAACUAUCCUCAUGCGAACCCUCUUGGAGGGUACCACGCAACUACCCAUGAAAGCUUCUCGGCUCCGCCUCGCUGCCCAGUUGCUUCCAGUGACAGAAAAUGCCCGGUCUCAUUGGUGGACAACAGUCGGUACAGCUACGCUCCUUCAUUCAGCCAAAAUCACUCCCAGUCUAGCGUCAGCCUGCCCUCACAACCCACUCACGCCGAUUACAACAGCUACAUGACCGGCGAGUCCCAAAGCCAGGCCUCCUGUCCGUUUAAGUUGCCUGCUGGCUCCAAAGUGCUGGCCUGUCCACUGAACGCAUGCCCUGUGUCAGCACCUGGCAUCUCCAGUCAGCAGGUGUGGGAGUCUUUCUCACAAUGCUUCACGCCGGCUGUACGUGAAGUGGUCGAGUUCGCAAAGGGCAUUCCAGGCUUCCAGGAUCUCUGCCAGCAUGAUCAAGUCAUGUUGCUCAAAGCAGGCACUUUCCAGGUGCUUAUGGUGAGGUUUUGCUCACUGUUCAACCACAAGGAAAGAUCAGUGACUUUUCUGAAUGGGCAAACAUACCCGCUGGGCACUCUUAGGGGUCUGGGUAUGGGCUCCUUGCUGGACACCAUGUUUGAGUUCAGUUCCAAGCUGAGCUCUCUGGGCCUGGAGUCAGAUGAGAUGGCACUCUUCAUGGCUGUGGUGCUGGUUUCUGCAGAUUGCUCUGGCAUUUCGGAUUUUGUGGCUGUCGAACAGUUACAGGAAGGACUCAUCCGAGCGCUGCGCACCUUAGUCACCCGUCGCCGUCCUGACGACAACUCCCUCUUUCCCAAACUGCUCCUGCGUCUUCCAGACCUGCGCACCCUCAACAACCUUCACUCCGACAAGCUGCUGGCCUUCCGUAUCGAUCCCUGAGCUAUCUGUCGCUCCAGCUGGAACUCAACCAAAGGCCAUGACUGGCCAAUCAGAGAACACCUUUCCUGGUUAAGAGAAAGAGAAAGACUGCUCAUUUAGGGAGAGAUGUUGAGCAUGUUCCCAUAGGAACCAUUCUUUAUGAUGCCUGUUAAUGAGGAACACAAUGAACAGAUGGCUCUCAGCAAGCUCUAAACAAGACUAUAUCUCCAUUUAAGCUUUCACGGAUCAUUUUCAUACAUGCAUUGCCCUUCUGUUCAGCUCGCCUCGAGAGCAUUGUUGAUUAUGUUCAUCCGAGGGAAAGUUUUGCCAGUCAUAUCAUCAUCAUCAUCAUAUAUAAGCUUACCACAGAACUUCUGAAGACCAAAAAACGGGUCAUUCCUCUGUACUGCCUGCAAACUGAAAUACACAGUCUUUAGUCAAGUACACCAUGUAUACAGUAGAAAGGUAAUUUUAGGGACCAUUUAAAGCCAAUUGUGUGAGUAUAUGUGCCUGUGUGUUUGAGAAAGGGACAGAAAUACCAUGUACAUAAGCCAUAGAUAUCACUCAUACAGUUACACCACAUUAAAACUUUAGUUAAAGACAAUAAAGAAUACAUUUAUCACCUGUGUUAGUGUUUAACAUUUAAUUACAGGAGAUGUACUGUCUCUACAACAACUUUUUAAAUGUCAUUUCACUUUUGAGAUUAGAUAAAACUGUCAUAUUUGUUUGUUUGCUUUUUUAUUAUCAUCAUCAAGCUGAAUACAGCAUGUCAAAGUAUAUUUCUACACAUUCUCCUUUAAGAAUAUAUCUGAAUCUAAGGAUACAAAACCAGCAUUCUCUCCUAUGCAUGUUAUGUUUUGUUGUUUUCUUACUGAAAGUACUGCACAGGUACACUGAUUUAACUGCCUGUUCAGAGAAUGAGGGAUUCGCAGUCGUGUGUUUGACUGAAACGGGGCGUUUGGUGCCUUGUAAGCAAUGGAUGGUUGUGAGAAAGAGCCCCUGAACUUCUGGCACCAGCACAGUAUCUGUACAGCCUUUACUGAGAUCACAAAGCAUGUCAAGAAGGCAUUUUGGACUGAUUUGAUCAGUUGAGUUGAUUAUGGCUGAUAAAGUAAUGUUAUUCAAUUAUAAUGUAAUGUAUAUUUUGUAAAUUGUUUUCUUCCGUAGAACCAAUAUAAAUACAAGAUUAUCUAUU